GUCCACAAAUGGGCAUUCUAGGAGUUGCAAAUCAUGUUUUCCCAUUGACGGCAGUAGAAAAGACAACCAUUGAACAGUAGUUUAUUUGGUGCCUUGCCUAUCUGUGUUCCCUAUGAUUUUGUUAUCUUUAAUCUACUGAUACAGCUGUAAUGAUUGUGAUCGAUCAUGUAGGUGCAGAGGAGUCCUUGAGAUCCCCCUCUGCAGAUAUGUUGAGAAGAGUACAGUGGACAAUUAUGUUAAUGCUGUCUGUAGUCAUCUAUGGAUCUCAUGCACCUCUAAUAUCUAUUUGUAGAGUGGAUGGGGUGAUACCUUUCAGUUCAUCAGCAGUUGUCCUUCUCGUUGAGGUAUUAAAAUUUAUAAUAUCUUUGGCAUGUCUCCUGAUCACAGAGAAUAAACUAUUUGAUAUGUCAGUGUCCUGGAGGCUUGCUCUCCCUUAUGCUUUUCCUGCCAUUCUCUAUGGUGCCAACAAUAAUUUGGUGAUUCACAUGCAGCAUUUCAUGGACCCCAGCAGUUUCCAAGUGUUGAGUAACCUUAAGAUAGUCAGUACUGCUCUACUCUACAGCAUCUUCUUGGGUCAGAGACUUUCCAUUCGCAAAUGGUUUGCAAUGUUUUUGCUCACAGCUGCUGGUGUAUUCUACAGCUAUGGUGGUUUUCAGGAUGUAGAAAAGACCUCGGCUGCUACGCAACUUUACAUCUCUCUUCCAGGGUUACUGAUAAUGGUAAUCUAUUGCCUGAUCUCGGGAAUGUCUGCUGUUUACACUGAGAUGACACUAAAGACUCAAAAGAUCCCUCUGAACUUGCAAAACAUUUUCUUGUAUUCCUUUGGCAUUGUAAUCAAUUUGCUAGCCCACUUGUCAGGCAGUCACAAUGGUGUUUUUCUAGAUGGGUUUUCCAUUUGGGUUUUUGUCAUCGUCAUCACUCAGGCUUUCAAUGGUUUGAUCAUGUCUGUGGUCAUGAAGCAUAGCAGUAACAUCACCAGACUUUUCAUAAUUUCCUGUUCCAUGCUAGUAAAUGGACUUCUGUCUUACAUGUUGUUUCAGCUGCAACUUACUUUCCUUUUCUUCUUAGCUGUCAUUCUCAUUGGCUUUGCUGUUUAUUUGUUCUAUGGCAUUAGAUGAAAUGAGAAGAUUUAUUCAAGUAGGGUUUAUGAUAGUAUUAGAGCUGCACGAUCCCUGAUAAAAUCACAAUUUUUUUGCUUAGAAUAAAGAUUGGGAUUCCCGUGGCGUAA